AUGGUCAGCCACCCAGCAAUCAUCGUACCCGCACUUAAGGGGCCUUUAACAAUUCAGCAUGUUCCGACUUGGAGCCUGCCCAUCGGGAAAUUCAGGUCCGGGUGGAAUGGGUUGAGAUGCACGAACGUGAUUGCAACAGCUUCCCCAAAGCAUCAUCAAAGGAUCAAGGCUUAUGGUGCCGCACACGUUUUCGACUAUCGCGAUCCCAAUAUUACUGCCUCCGUCCUCGAACUCUUGGCUAGUCAAGGGCACUCAGAGACUUCAAAAUACGGUUUCUUGAUUCCAAUCUCCAAGAUUGCGACACAAACAGGAUCAGCUGUUGCUACUGUCCUUCCGGUCGUUAUCAGCACCUCAACUGGAAAAGACGGUCUCAGGCUCUCCCCAGAUGUCACUGCGGAAGCGCCCUGGGCAUCGGGAGUGAGAAUCCAUCCCAUUGUGGCUUAUAACUAUGAAGAGAUCAUGCCAACGCUCUUGGCCCAAGGUGCUAUCGAGCCGAAUAAGCAGCAGAUGGUUGCAGGAGAGACUCUCUUGGAUAAUGCGCGCAAAGCUUUAGAUAUUAUGAGAAGUGGCGCUGUUAGUGGUGAACGGCUGGUGUGGCAGGUCUGGACCGAGGAGUUCCCUGAGUUCAAGCGAUCUUGCUGUCAGACGUGA